UUGGACCAGUCUGAACUGGAGACGCAUUUAUACGUCUCAUCUGGACUGUCGGGAGUGCAGGGGACGCUCUUCUUGUGCUCUUCCACAUUCCUUUCUGUGGGGUAUCUUCGCGGAAGACAGACGGCUCACUGUGUCUCCGGUAUCGAUUGCACAAUGGGCUGGUGGUCUUCGCUGUCCCUUGGUGUCCUCCUGGCUGUUUGCUGUUGGACUGCAUUUGCCCAAAGGCCAUCCUAUGGCGAGAGGGGGUCAGACUUGGGCAUACAGGUGUUCCAGCAGGUGGCCCGCGCACAGCCACAAGACAAUGUGGUGCUAUCCCCCCACGGUGUCGCCAGCAUCCUGGGCAUGCUACUGCCUGGGGCCCACGGGGAGACCCGUCGCCAGAUGCUCAAUGGGCUCCGCUACAAAGCAAAUGGUCCAUACAAGAUGCUGAAAAAACUGCACAAAAGUCUGACCAACAGAUCGAACCAGGACCUCGUGACCAUUGCCAAUGCGGUCUUCGUCCAGCAAGGUUUCAACAUUAAGGAGCCCUUCAUGUCCACAAACAAGGACAACUUCCAGUGUGAGAGCACGAACCUGGACUUUGGCAACACACACGCAGCUGCGGAGUCUGUCAACAGCUGGGUGAAGAACCGCACCAAGGGAAUGAUCACGAGCUUGAUCAAACCAGAAAUGCUGGAUCCGGCCUUCACUCGCAUGGUAGUGGUCAACUCCAUCUACUUCAAGGGACUGUGGAAGUCCCGCUUCCAGCCCGAAAACACCAAGAUAAGGAACUUUCAUGGGCCUAAUGGCGUCAUCCAUAAGGUUCCCAUGAUGUCUCAGCUGUCCGUUUUCAACAUCGGCCAGGCCGUUACGCCACAAGGCCUGAAGUACAAGGUGAUAGAGCUACCUUACCACGGUAACAGUAUCAGCAUGCUGAUUGCCCUGCCGGUCGAGGACGACGUGUCUAUUUCUGCUAUCAUACCUCACGUUAGCACCGGCACCGUGCAGAGCUGGACCAAGCUGCUGCACCCGAGGAAAGUCCGAUUGCUGCUGCCCAGGUUUUCUGCCGAAGCUGAAGUUGACCUGAAAGACCCCCUCUUGGCACUGGGGAUCAAGGACAUGUUUUCUCAAGGCAAAGCUGACUUCAGACACAUAAGCCAGGAGCCCCUGCAUGUGUCCAAAACCCUGCAGAAAGCCAAAAUUGAAGUAAAUGAAGAUGGGACAAAGGCUUCUGCUGCCACAACUGCUAUCUUGCUGGCAAGGUCUUCCCCGCCAUGGGUCACUGUAGACAGACCCUUCCUUUUCGUUAUUCGCCACAACUCAACCGGUACCAUUCUUUUCAUGGGCCAAAUCAACAAGCCUUGAACUUCACUUCUGACAAUACAAGCAGGACCGGAACAGCAUUAUAAUUCUAAAAGGCAGUUGUUAUAUUAAUAAAAGUCCAGUGUUGUGUCAUUUGUGGCGUAUAAUGUGGUGAUUACUUUGUAAAUGGGGAUUUUUCCCGCUUUUGGUUUUACAAGUGUGUUUUCAUGCAUGACAUUUUGUCUAAUGCAAUAAAAAUGUAAUUGUUUAACUCUAACGUAUUGGAUGGGCAGCUUGCUGUAAUUCUGCUGCAGUAAACUUUUUAAAAGUUGUUUUUUUUUUUUUUUUCUUUAAAAAAUUGCACAUUUCCAUGUUUUUAUUACCCAUUUCUAUGUAUAAAUUGUAACAAAUGCAUUCUGUCAAAAGCAGGUAUACAGUGGUGUUCCAAGCAUUAAACUGAACUGUGUGUAGCCAACCUUCACUUUUUUUGUGCUGGGGCAAGGGGGUAUAAUAUUUGUUAUAUUUCAAUAUUGCAUCGUUCAACACCAAAUGUUUUGCUGGACCUAGUCUUCUGAUUGUAUUGACCAAUUUUGGCAUACUACACACAUUAUUUCUCUGGGGUAAUAUUCUUUACUGAUGCUGUAAAACUAGCUUAUUUAUUGUCACUUUUCGGUUGCUUUUUUUACAUCUUCAAAGUGGCCUGUCUGUAAC